AGGUGUUGGUGAGCAUGCUGAUGGAAGAACUGAUGUCCUACCUGAGGGAGCAAGUCUUUCCCAGGAUUAUUGUACAUCACAGCAGCAGGAAGCAAGCCUGGAUCAGAUUGCUGUCUGAGGUCUACAAGAAAGCAAAGCAGCAGGUAAAAGCUGCGAUGUCAGCUCUGAAGGAGGAGCUGUCACUUUAUCGUUCGGAUGUGGGGAAACAGAUGCCGGCAGGGCUGGAACAGACCGGUCUGCUGAAUGACCACAUUGCUCACACAAUCACAGAGGACAUGUGUGAACCAAUGUUACAGUCUCUCCGGUGCACGAUCAUCCCAAGACUCGACCGCACUCUGCAGGAAGUGGCCACGCCCAUCUGUGAUGGAUUUGCAUCAGCCUGGCAAUACUUCCUGGAGUCGUGUGAUGACAUCAUAGACCUGGGAUCAAUGAGCAUAUCAGUGAAAGAUAUUAAAAAAGAGGUGCUGACACCGCUGAGUGGCCUCAGGCCAGAUGAUGGCAGGAUGUGGCAGUGUCUGGACAGGCUGGAGCUGAGCUCAGAGGGAUGUGCUUGGCUACAGGAAACAUGGGGAGUCCAGAGUGGAACAUGGAGACCUCUGCUACUCAAAGCCCAAAACGCUCUCUACAAAGUAAUUUAA